GUAGCUUCUUCGUCUGUUUCGAUCGUCUCCGAACCAAACCCUUUCGUCGUAAUCUCUUUCUCUCUUUCCUCGUCGUCGCACAUUUGUGCAGCAAUCUCCAAGCGCUAGAAGGACCAAUAGCGCGAUAGAUCUGGAAGAUCUCGUUGGUCGAUUACGCGCGGUCGCCGUUCGGCAUUGUUUUUGAGGUUUCAUAACUCCUCUUGGCAAUGGAGUCCUACAGGUACCAGGCUGAGAUCCUUGUUAAAGAUUACUUGCUAGCAGAUCCAUUCAUCCCAUAUACCUCUCUACUUUGUGGCAUUUUUAUGUGUAAAAUGGCUUAUGAUUCUUCCCAGUUGAUAAGUUCGGUUUACUUCAAGGGCUUUGCCUCCCUUACAAAGAUCCAACGGAUUGAAUGGAACAACAGGGGAAUGUCCAGUGCCCAUGCCAUUUUUAUUACAUCGAUGUCAUUAUAUUUAGUAUUCUUCUCAGAUCUGUUUUCUGACCGUGCUGAGGGCCUAAUUACAUUCCGAAGUUCAAAUCUUUCCACUUUUACAUUGGGGGUUUCAGUUGGGUACUUCAUCACUGAUCUUGCCAUGCUAUUCUGGCUUUAUCCUUCUCUCGGUGGAAUGGAAUAUGUUCUCCAUCACUCGCUAUCUAUAAUUGCGAUAUCUUACUCAGCAUUGUUUGGGGAGGGGCAGCUAUACACUUUUAUGGUCCUCAUAUCUGAGACCACCACUCCUGGGAUAAAUUUACGAUGGUUCCUUGAUACUGUAGGAAUGAAAAGAUCGAGUGCAUAUGUCCUUAAUGGUGUUGCUAUGUUCUUCGCAUGGCUUGUUGCAAGAAUCUUGUUGUUCAUCUACUUGUUCUACCAUGUUUACCUGCACUAUGAUCAGGUUGAGCAGAUGCACACAAUUGGUUACACCCUAGCUUUUCUGGUCCCCAUUUCAUUGUUUAUCAUGAAUAUGAUUUGGUUUGGAAAGAUUUUGCGAGGACUGAAGAAAACAUUAGCUAAGCGGCAGUGAAAGAGGAACUCCAGUACUCUACAUACAACACGCAGAAGAUCUUCGCAUAUUCGAGGGUAACUCCUAUAUUUUCUCGAGCAAAUACAAAAUGUGUAGGCAGCCCCUAUUGACGGAUACAAUCUAAGCAAGAUAGUCGAAGGUGUAGGAAGGAUGUUUAUCUUUUCAAGAUCACCUCAAUUAGCACAUAAGAUUGAUGUAUUGGCGCACGCCCGAAUUGCACCUUGUUUGUAACCAGGAGAUAUCUACAAGAAUGCGCUACUUUCUUGCGAGUUCUUAUUCA